AAAUAUCGGUUCUUUAUUUGAUAGAAUUUUCCUACUUAUGGUGCUUGUAGAUAUAAAGAUAGUGAUGAAAAGAAGAACAAAGAAAGAGUCCCAUGAAAAAAGAAGUACAAAUAGCAAAAGACAGACAGCAGUCUGUAAUAAAGAUGCAUGUUGGGAUGGUGGGAUGUACCUAAGCCAACAACUGCAACAAAAUGCAACCCAUUUGCCAAAAUCCAUCCUGAAUAGACCAUUGCUAUUCAUUCAAUACAAAAAACCUCCAAACAGGCCUCUCUAUCGAAACAGCCAUGGAAAACCAGUCUUUCUUGCUAUUUUUCAUGCUUGAAGUGCUUCUUUUCAGCUUCUGUUCUGCCUCAGAACAGGAGUAUAUUUCAGCUGUGGGUGACCCAGGCAUGAGAAGAGAUGGGCUGAGAGUAGCAUUUGAAGCGUGGAAUUUCUGCAAUGAAGUUGGCAGUGAAGCUCCUGGGAUGGGUAGUCCUAGAGCAGCUGCCUGUUUUGAUUUCUCAGAUUCUGCUCUGGAGCAAAAGGUAACAGAAGCUGAUAAUAGACUGGGUGUUGGACAAUCAUUCCCUAGCUCGAGUUCUGAAGCUGUAAACAAUGCAGACCUUUAUGCAGUAGAGAAAGAGCUGUAUUUGGGCUCUUUAUGUGAAGUUCCAGACACCCCACAGCCAUGGCAAUUUUGGAUGGUGAUGCUGAAAAAUGGCAACUUUGAUACAAGGUCUGGCCUGUGUCCUGAAAAUGGCAAAAAGGUGGGGCCCUUCCCACAGACAGGGAGGUUCCCAUGCUUUGGAAAUGGGUGCAUGAAUCAGCCUGUCUUCUAUCAUCAACAGACACUUCUAUCAGAUGAUGGGAAAAUGAGAGGUGGGUUUAACGGGAGUUAUGAUUUGGGUGGUAAUUUUAGAAGUGGAGGAGAUAAUCUCUCUUAUUUUGAAGUGGUUUGGGAGAAGUCAGUUGGAAUUGGGAGUUGGGUUUUUAAUCACAAGGUAAGGACAACAAAGAACUACCCAUGGCUGAUGCUGUAUCUUAGAGCUGAUGCAACCCAAGGAUUCUCUGGUGGAUACCAUUAUCAGACAAGAGGAAUGCUGAAGACUUUGCCAGAAUCACCCAAUUUCAAGGUUAGGCUAUCAUUGAAUGUGAAGAAUGGGGGAGGCCCAAAAAGCCAAUUCUACCUGCUAGACAUCGGCAGCUGCUGGAAAAACAAUGGUGCUCCCUGCGACGGAGAUACUCUCACUGACGUGACCAGAUACAGUGAGAUGAUCAUCAACCCUCAAACCCAAGCUUGGUGCAGCCCCACAAAUUUGAAUGCCUGCCCACCAUACCACAUCACUCCCAAAGAUGUGAAGAUUUACAGGAAUGACACUGCCAACUUCCCAUACUCAGCUUACCACUACUACUGUUCUCCUGGCAAUGCCAACCACUUGGAGCAGCCUUCCAGCAUCUGUGAUCCUUACAGCAAUCCCCAAGCACAGGAGCUAGUUCAGAUAUUGCCCCACCCCAUCUGGGCCGAUUAUGGUUAUCCGUCCAAACAAGGGGAAGGGUGGAUUGGUGACCCAAGAACAUGGGAGCUCGAUGUCGGUGGCCUUUCUAGUAGACUCUAUUUCUAUCAGGAUCCAGGAACCCAGCCCGCACGAAGAAUAUGGACAUCCAUUGACGUUGGAACAGAAAUAUUUAUCAGUGACAAAGAUGAGGUCGCAGAGUGGACUCUCAGUGACUUUGAUGUGCUCCUUCCGUCCCCAAGCUUGUGAUUUUUUUUCUUUUUUCUUUUUUGCAUAUACAUUUCAAUGUAGUUGCAGUAUCCCUGCCGUCUGUUGUAAGGAAAAUUUUUCAUACCACUUUUAGCAGAAAGCUGCUAAAUGUAGAGAACCCACAUCUGGGUUAUGAGAUUAAGAAGCUAAACAUGCCCAAAGGGCAGUUUCCUUCUUUUUUUUUCUUAAA